AUGGCAAGAGAAUUCAAGCAAUUUGAUAUCAUCUCAACCGAUGAAGUCAACUCCAUUAGUGACCAUUACUACUUUUGUCCAUCUAAAUCUCUAUCAUCAUCAACCACUAAGCAUAUAAUGAAAGAGUGGAGAAUUUUAAAAAAAAAUCUACCAGACUCCAUCUUUGUUAGGGUUUACGAAGAAAGAGUCGAUCUUUUACGAGCAGUGAUCAUAGGACCAACAGGUACGCCUUACCAUGACGGUUUUUUUUUUUUUUUUUUUUUUGAUAUUCAAGUCCCUUCCGAUUACUCUGCAUCACCACCAAACGUUUACUAUCGGUCUUUCGGGUAUAGUAUAAAUCCUAACGUAAAAGCAUGGGGUUCUGUUUGCUUAAGUCUUCUAAAUACUUGGGAUGGUCAGAAGUACCAACUAUGGAAUCCAUUUCAAUCAACUAUUCUGCAGGUUUUAGUAUCUAUUCAAGGUCUGGUUCUCAAUGCUGAACCCUAUUACAAUGAGCCUGGUUAUGGAAAUUUAUCUCCUAGGCCAUCAUGGUUUAAAAAAAGAUCAUUGCGUUAUAAUGAAGAUGUAUUUAUCAUGAGUUGUAAGACAAUGUUGUCUAUUCUUAAAAGACCACCGAAGUCCUUCGAGGAGUUUGUAAAUCAAUAUUUUCGCAAUCCAGCUAGUGCUAUUUUGGUUGCUUGCAAUGCUUAUAUUAAUGGCCAAGUUGAAAUUGGUGGUCCUAUUAUAACUAGCACUGCUGAGACAGAGAUUACUACGUCCUUGACUUCAUUUACAUUUAAAGCAGCGGCGGGGUCUCUCUAUCCAAGGCUUGUGGACCCAUUCAUAAAGAAUGGUUCGUCUGUAGAGAGUAUUGAAUUAUUAGACACUAGUAAGAUUAUGCGGAAGAAUAUUGGUCGUCGCCGUAGAAUUUACCAACUUGCUGCUGUUAUGCUUUUGGUACUGGUCAUCUUUGCCAUUCCUUUUGUUCAAAAGGCUUAUGGUGCUGGAGUUCUGCUUUACAGCUUAUUUGGAUUCUAUAUCCUUUUGCUGUUCAUUUGUGUUUAUCUUUAG